AUGGUCAUUCUUAUCCCUUCAGAUGUCACGUGCAACAUACUCAAGGAGGCAGGGUUCAAUCUUCAGGGUGAGCUGCAAGGGCAGACUCGGGGCCUCCCAGCCGCCCAGGACAGCAGCGCCCUGGCCUCCAAACCCACCUCCUCGGAAGUCGUCUCCAAGCUGAAGUCCUGGAAGAAGCGCAGUCAGAGGAGGAACAUGUGGACCGUCACUCAUGUUGAGGGAACGAAACUCAGGAUCAACAAGAGAAGAUCCAGUUAUCGUGCAGAAGACCAAGAGGCCUUCUACCGGCUUCUGGAGGACCCUGUUAUCCAGAGCUUCUUGAAAGCUGAUAGUUUCCUGCAAGUGUCUGACAAGUACCUGCUCUCCAUGGUGGUGGAGUACUUCGGCCGUGUCGGGCUGCCUGGUCACCUCUACAACAGGAUCCACUUCUUCCUGGCCCUCUACAUCGCCUCCGACAUGGAGGAGGACAACCCCACGGCCAAGCAGAGCAUCUUCCCGUUCCUGCUGGGCAGAGAGCACUGGCAGCACCUCUACAAGAAGUUCCUCCAGCUGAAGGUGGAAUUCUUCUGUGCCAUGGAGUACCGAGCCUGGGUCACCCGGGAAUUGUGUGAGGAGAUCCAGGCCCAGAACCCACAUCACUGGGUCUGGAGUCGGGUGCGCCCUGGCGCCCCCUAG